CUUAAAUUCAAUUUAAGUUACUUAAUUCGAAUUAACGCUGCUUAAAAUGAAUUUAAGUAGUUUUUGUGGUUCCCGCGGCGUUAACGCUAAUUAAAACACCGAAAAUGCAUUAACGGUGCUUAAUGGUAAUUUUCUUACUUAAGUUGAAUUAAUUCAACUUAACAAGGAUUUUCUCUAUCAAUUGUACUAUUUUCAAUUAAGUUGCGUUAAAAUAGGUUUUUCUACUUAAAAUAUGUUUUUAGUUACACGAAUUCAACUUUAGUAAGGAAUUUUACUUAAGUUGUAAAGUCGAAUUGUUUUGAUUGGUCAGUUAAUGAUCCGGAAGACCUAAGCCAAUCAGAAACGUCGUAACAAACGUAAACAGGAAAGGAUUAUCUUCUACCGCCAUUUACAAUUUUGCAAUGGAUCGGUUACAACGCACGCAUUUACCUACAGCUGACAGUGUUCUUGAAAGAGUUUCAAUAACACUCAGAGAUGUACAGAGAGGCAAACAGAACGGCAACCUUGACGUUUCUGCAGCUCGCACCCAGAUCGCCAGUCUUCUUACAAACUUGCAGAGACUUGAGAAUGACCACACCGUCCCAGAUGAUUUACUGAAGAGCACCAUCCAGUCAGUAGUGUUAGUCAGAGAUAGUCUCCCUGAUUUGACUCAACAUGCUCAACACAGCAGUCAUUCAGUUGAUCGUUAUGAGGACACAGUACCAAACCCUCACGGACGUGGCAGAGAUCUAUGUGACAUUGACAUCAGCAAACUACAACAGCUAAUUGAUAUGGGAUAUACAGUGAAAGAGAUAGCAGAGAAAGGUUUACUAGGUGGUGUCCUUCAUCCCAACACACUAUAUAGCAGAUUAAGAUCCAACAACAUGCAGAUCAGAUCAUCAUACACAGAUAUUAGUGACGACGACUUGCAUUCUAUUGUUGCAGAAUACAACAGAGACCACCCUAAUUCAGGUUCAGCUGAGGUGCAUGCUUAUCUUAAGACAAGAGGCAUUUCCAUUAAAAGAGAAAGAUGCAGAGAGAUGCUGAGAAAUGUAGAUGCUUCUGGUACAGCCUUGAGGUGGUCAGCUACUAUACAAAGAAGGAAGUACAGUGUACCAACAGCAAAUUCUGUGUGGCAUCUAGAUACACAUCACUCCUUGAUAAGAUGGGGAAUAGUUGUCCAUGGUGGAAUCGAUGGACAUUCCAGACUGGUGUCUUUCCUUAGGGCCGCCACUUGUAACACCUCUAAGGCAGCUGCGUCGUUCUUCCUCCAGUCAGUGAAAGCGUACGGUUUUCCGAGUAGAGUCAGAGUUGACAACGGUACAGAAUAUGGGGACAUUGGUCGGUUAAUGAUAUCAGUAAAUGGCGAUGGCAGAGGGUCAUUCCUGACAGGCCCAUCAGUACACAAUCAACGCAUAGAGAGACUUUGGCGGGAUGUUUUCACCAAGGUAUUAGAUACGUUUUACAAGCUGUUCCACUACAUGGAGGAAAGACAGCUGCUCAAUGUUAAUGAUAAAACACAUAGAUGGGUUUUGCAGUAUGUGUUCGUGCCGAUAAUUGACAGAGCUCUGAGACAGUGGAUGGAGACCCACAACACACACAAGAUUAGAACAGAGAACAAUAGAACACCAAAUAUGAUGUGGUUCCAGUCACUAGUCCAGGGUGAUAGCCAGCGUUACACAAGCGUUCGGAACAUUGAGCAGCCUCCAAAUGAAGCAGUUUCAGAUGCCAUUAGAGAUUUGCAAUUGAGUGAAGAUGACACCACCUACCUUGUUCCACGUGAUCCCUGCCCUUUGAGUCAGCACAACUUUCAACAGCUGCAAACAACAAUUGCCAUCAACAGAAAUUCAACGAGCCAUGGACUUGACAUAUUUGGUGAUGUGAUGCAGUUUGUUUUAGCACAUCCAACAGAACUUUGAAAUUGUUGCUUUUCUAGGACAUUUUUGUGACUUCAGUUAGUGCCUGACAUGUUCAUGUUGUAUUUGUUGUAAGAUACCAAUUCUUUAAUGUAUUAUUUAUUAUACAUGUAAAUAUUUGUAUGUGCAGUGAUGAAAAAAUAAAGAUUAUAAGGAUGAUCUUUUUUAUUAAAUUAAAAGUUUGAAAUUGAGUUGUAAGCAUAGGCAUCAUCUCUUAUUUGUAAAUUUGCAAUCAUUAUUUUAAGCAAGGUGAACACAUUUGUUUUUAAGGUUUUAAUCAAAAUAUAUGUUUUUGUAUAAAACAUAGUACAUUUUCUCUGAUAAAUCUAAUAUGCACAAGAAACAAUUUAUCUUGAAGAAUGGAAAUGCAAAUACUCGUUUGUACAUGUGUUUUCUUUUGUUUUCAAAUUUAUGCCAUUUGUUAUUAAUCAUGUCCAUGUGGAAAUAUAUUUAUUUACAGUAUAUAGGUAUUGCAUAAUAUGUAUUAACAUUUAUGAAUGUUUGUCUGUGUACAUGUACAAUUUAGAAAAUUAAAUGUCAUUGAGAGCUGAAAGAAUCUUCUUGAUAUGCCACUCUAUAAGUUAAAGGUUGAUUACUUCAUACCACUGGAAGCCAUUAUACGUAAAAAUGAGACAGCUAUGGUUGCCUACUCCUAACAUACAUUUUUUUUGUCAAUAAGGGAAAAUAAUCACAUUGAUCAGUUAUACUGGAAGUCUUUCGGUAUAACAUACCUCAUAUAGGUAUUGGAAAUACACAUGUACAUGUAGCUCAUCAAUCAUAAUAAUAUGGAAGCCACAGCCAAACUUAAAUUCAUGAAAGAUCUCUAAUGAUUUCACACAAAAUCUCUGCCUGAAACUUUUUGACGAUGCAGAAUUAAAGGAUCGGUAUUGUUACUAGAUGUGUUCAAAUUCUAUUAAAGUCUUAAAAUAUGUGUAUUUCAUAUGCAAAACUGUGCCAGCUGAGACACAUACAUGUGAAAAUAAAAAAAAUAAGGGGUAAGUGUUGGCGAGACCACACUCCAUCUACAAGGAAAGCAUAUUGAAUAUAAAAAAUCUAGAGGUCUCCACAGUACUUUCAACAAGGGUGGAAUUCCACUCCUUGUGAAAAGCUCUAAAGUACCCAUACAUGUACAAUAUAUAUCUGCAUAUCUUACCUACACUAUAAAAAAUGAAGCAGUAUUAUUGCUGACCCAAUCAAACUCUUCUUGAAGAUAUACAUGUAUUUACCUGAGAGAUUUGUCAGACUCCAAUGUGAGUUGAUCUAACUAAUCAACACAAUACCAUUUGUUUACCUGUGUAAACCACUGUAUGGAGAUUUAAACUUGUUUUCUAUUGAGAUGAGUUUUCAAUCACUAUUGAUUACAUUGCAUAGCAAAAAAAUCAUCUCUGUUUAUACUGAGGCACACAUAACAAUGAUUGGAUCAACAAUAAAUCCUUUGAAAACAUGGAUAUACCUUAACACAACUGACAUCUGAAAUGCACCGAAAAUAAAACUUCAUUUUCUAACUUUUAACUUUGUGCUUCUGACAGAAAGCUGUGUACAAAGAUGUUAGUUUCCACAACUUUACAUCAGUUGGUAAUAGUGGAAAUAUAGUACCAGAUCUCCAGUCUGCAUAUACAUGCUCAAAAGUGGCAGAUGGUCGUGCAACUUUCAUCUCAUUUUCAUGAUUCAAUGACUUAGUAUGAAACUUUGACAUUAUUUUACAUUUAUGUCCAUGUUACCAAGGUUAAUUGUUGAUACCUCAUUGUGAUGUCAUAGUGAUACUUGGAAUGUAAAUGUUCAUGUGUAUAGGUAAUUUGUCAGGAAGGAAGUCACAUCCUCAUAAAACUAUGCAUUAAAUUGUUUGUGAAAUGAAUUCAACAUUUCUUUGUGUUAAACAGAAGAAAUUAAUGGUUAGAUUGUGAACAAACUGUUAAUACUUUUGAAUACUGUGUACUGAUAAAAAAGUGGACAUUGGA